CACAACACUAAUCUCACUCUCCACCAAACGCGCCUUCAUUACAAGAAUAACAAUUGAUCAUGGACUUCCUCAAGAAGAAGAUGAAGGAGCUUCUCGACGACGAUGACAAGAAGCCCGAGAAGAAGCCUGAAGAACCACCCAAAGACACAUCUCACGGUGCACCUGCCGAGCGUGGGGCGUCGGACUCGUUCUAUGAUCAAGGCAACCCUGCAGGUGGUCAUCCUCUCCAACAACAGCAAUAUCCUCCGCAGGGCCAAGGCUACCCACCGCAGGGUCAAGGAUAUCCUCCUCAGGGUCAAGGGUACCCGCCACAAGGUCAUGGCUACCCACAGCAACAGCCCUAUGGCCAGGCACCAGCUCCAAUCGGCCCACCGGCACCAAUGGGCGCACCACCGCCAAUGCCUCCAGGCUGGGUCCAGCAAUGGGACCAAAACAGCCAACGAUGGUACUACGUAGAACAAGCCACUGGCCGUACACAAUGGGAUCCUCCCGCCAAUCUACCUCCGGGCCCGUACGCGCCACCCCCGACGGGUGCACCUUACCAGGCACCCGGCGGCCACGACGAGCGCGCUCUCUUCGGUAACACCAACGGCCACCAAGGACACGACUACACUCCCUCUGGCGCUGCGACCAACGAGAAGGAAAAGAAGAAGGACAAAGACGGCCACUCAACCGCCAUGCUAGCCGCAGCAGGUAUCGGCGGCAUCGCCGCCGGCGCCUGGAUCGGCCACGAAUUGACCGAAGACGACAAUAAAUCUUCGUCCCAUGCUGCUGCACCUGCUGCCGCUGCCGCUGCGCCGGCCGCCGCAUAUGGAGCUCCUCCGGCAGCACCUUAUCAGGACCCAUACGCCGCGCAGGACCCGUACGCCGCGUCGACGUAUCCACCACCCGUGCCUACGCAUGAUGCGGACGGCUCGUCGAUUUCGAGCAGUGAUCGCGAGAGUUUGGAGGAGAAGCGUCAAGAGCUGAUUGAGGCGCAGCAGGAGUAUGAUGAGGCGUUAGAGGAGGCGUAUGACUCUGAUUAGAAGCAUGAAGAGGGAGUGAGGGGUUAACGGCCGGAGAUAGCUUGUCUUAUCUUUCAACAAACAAAUGAUGUUUUUAAUAUUUGAAAGAGAAA